GUACGUGCAGCUGCAGUGGCAGUGAAGGUGGAGAACCACCUUCUUCCCACCACCUCCUCUGCAAGCUGCACCGUUUCCUACUGGGGGCAGCUCCGGGCGGGUGCAGCAUGUGAGAGCCCCCCCAGGCACAUCAGCUGCACCAGGUGCCACCACUGCAAGGGAGCAAGAGAACCAUUUUCGGAAGCAUUUUUAGAGGAAGAUGGAGAACCCACUUCUUUUAUUCCCCCAGCUGAACAUUUCUGCUUCAAAGGAUAAAUCCUAUUACAAAGUCAUGAAAUCGGUGAUUAAAGAAGAGCCACACAAAGCAAGCAAACCUGGAGCUAAGCAGAAGAGAAAUAGGCUGAGCCUGCUCCUGCAGAAACCUGAAUUCCAUGAAAGUGACCAUCUUGGUAAACCUGGAAACAUGGCAAAACCAGCAAGCAGUGUGUCUCCUGAAGAAGCAGUGAAAUGGGGAGAAUCUUUUGACAAACUGCUUUCUGAGAAAGCUGGGCUGGAUGCCUUUACAAAGUUUCUGAAAACUGAGUUCAGUGAGGAGAACAUCGAGUUCUGGAUAGCUUGCGAGGAUUACAAGAAAAGCAAAACUGCACAUGAACUUCUGCCAAAAGCUAAGACCAUUUUUGAAACAUUCAUACAGAAAGAUGCUCCAAAGGAGGUGAAUUUGGACUUUCACACCAAAGAAGCCACAAGUCAGAAUAUUCACCAGCCCCUCAUCACCACCUUUGACACAGCACAGAACACAGUCUACAGGCUGAUGGAGCAAGACAGCUACCCACGCUUCCUGAGAUCUGAUCCUUAUUUAAAUCUGGUUAAAGGGAGAAAUCCCAAUCGUCCUACCCUUAGGAGGCGGUCACGGUCUUUUACUGUCAAUGAUUUUCAAGGUGUACGCCCAGACUUUACUGUCUGGUAACAAGAAACCUAUGCCCU